AAGUGUCUAGGGCGAAUCGCAAUGACGGAGGAAGUCGCGAUUGGGGAAGCCUCAUCCCCAGUACCACCAGGCAUUUGGGAAGGCAAGAGCAGCCAGUAUGAAUGGAACACGACCUAUUGAUUCAGUUUCUUUGACAUUCACUGGAUUUGAAAUCGAAUAUCCUCCUCAGGACCCUCGCGGUCAACGCUCUGGCCCGGGGUCAAUUCCAAACCAUUCGUACCACAUCAUACGCUUUUGCCAUUUAAGUCUUCACUUCUUGUAACUCGAAGCUGCGAGCAUUCGUUACAAGCUUCGGCUACAUACCUGGCACAACUUCUCUGUCACUUCCGCGCAGCCGCAGUUAUAUUCAGCCUGCGGUUCAGGACGUCGGCCUCGCCCUCCCAUCGCCUCAGCAGCUCCAUACAAACCGUGCCGCAUCGACCAGACUUUCUUUGCGCGCGAAGCAAUGGCGGAGCAACCGAGCGUCGCCGAAAUUGCCAUCUUUGACCUCUUCGAUACCCCUGAAGAGGCCAGCGACCACCACAACGCCAUGAAUUAUUACAGUGUCUGGCGCCAACUCCUCAAGGGCCACGAGGAGAACAACCUUAAGACGUUGCCGUACGAGGACCGUGUGUUCACCGACACCCGAGCUUACCGAGUGAACCGUCACAAUGUACGAGCUGGAAUUGAGCGCCUCGUGGAGCACAGGUCAGCCGCCGUUGCGCGCCAGAAGAGACAGGCUGCUGCUGCCGCCAAGAUCCGAGAUGACAUUCUGAAGAAGCUCAGUACUCAGCCUGUCGGAACGACAGGAUUCGACUGGGCAGAUGAUAUGGAAGAGGCCGUGACGAUGCGAGAGAAUCAUGUUGAAGGCUGGGAAGAUAGGUUCGCCUGCAACAUGGAGGUAGAUGAGCCAGAGAAGUCUGAGUAUCUCUUCGUGCCCGACGCGUCGCCUUCAGGGUGGGCUGCAGCCGAGGACGGCUGGCCAGAUGAGGUCGACGAAGGCGCCAACAAGAUCCACGAGACUGAAAAGACAAACGAGGCCAUCUUUGCGGCAUACCACACCAGCAGCGACAGUAGGAACAUCGCGGUAGAAGAGAUCCGCGAGAAGCACGAUACCGAGCUUGGUGACAUUGAGUAUGAAAACACAUUUGAAAGUCACCAUAACAAAGAUUCGGAAGACGAUGACGAGAAUGAGGAGGAAGAGGUCACGUCUGACGAGGACCUCAACAUGGGGGAAACUCCCUCUACCAGCGAGCCCUCCAGCACCGAAACAACGAUCGAGAUCCGGGAUCUUGUAAGCCCGGUGAAGAAAGAAUGCGUCGACUUGCCUCUUGACGCCGAUGGUCAAAUCUCACUUCAUUAUGAUGGAGCAUCAGCCCGCAGUCCCUUCGAUCCUCACCAAGCAGCUGAACAGGGUUCAUUGAAGGAGCAGGCUGAAAUUAGAGCCAUGAAUCCGCCGAAGUUUGUCCAGGCAGUUCUCGAGAUGGCUCGCUCUGAGCUUGAAGAUACCGACGAGUUCAAGAGGCGCUUCCGCCUUCCCCUUUCCGACAAGCGCUGGGUACGCCGCGCCAUGAAGAACCACGCCGAAGAGGUGGAACGAGCCGAGCACCUGGUGAGCACAGCGUAUUGCGUCAACGGCAUGACCCGAGGAAGAGAAGCGAAGGAAACACCGUUGAACCAGGUCAUCCUCAUGGAGGAAUGGAUGGCUGAUGACGAGGUUGGCUCUAGGACCGCUUAGCUGUCGAGAAAGGAGCAGCAGAUCAUGGACAUGUUGAGAGGAAGAGGGGCCGUUUGGUGAAGGACCCAUGACUCAAAGUCAUCCGAACUGGGCGGAUUUUAUUUUGUUCUACUGCUAGCGAUGCAUCAGGAGGCUUGAUACCCCAGAGUAGUAGUUAAGGUCGGUAUUGCAGGAUGUGAGACCUUUGGAAGAAUACGAAAAGACUACAGGUACCUCGA